AUGACGAGCGACGAUCAGCAGUUCUUGGACCUGUUGGCCUCCAUUCCCCAAGACGUCGCCACUUAUGGCGGGCGCAUUGCCGAGCAUAUCGACCGCUAUACCAACUCGAUUGCAUCAGACAUUCGCGAUGCACUUCACAAUAGCUCAUGGAUCCCCGACAGCAUCCGGCCGCCACAAUCGGUGAGAAAUUAUCUCAGUGCAGCCCGACCGCCACCCCCACAGACGUUCUCAGAGAAGAGCAUUGCCUGGGUCUCGAACAAUCGUACAAGCAUAGCCGUCUUCGUGGCAUUCGCGUCGACUACAUACUACCUUGCACAGCGCCAACGGAAAGCGCAUGCGAGGAAGCGGCGAGCCAAGAAGCUGCCCAACGGGGCAAAGAAGGAGAUCAUCGUUCUGGUCUGCUCGACCUUCCACGACCCGCUCACACGGUCGCUUGCGCUAGAUCUGGAGAGACGCGGGUAUGUCGUGUACGUCACAGUCUCGUCCACGGAGGAGGACAGUCUGAUCCAGCAGGAGUCUAAGGCUGAUCUGCGACCGCUAUGGAUGGACCUGACUUCGACUGUGCCUAAUCCGGCAGUCGAUACCCAUCCGAAUCUGGAGCCGAUCAAGGAGCUUCUCACUCAGCAUCAGCCGCAAGCCUCGUCCGGUCGAGCAGGACCAGGAUCGAGCAUGGGCAAUAUGACGCUAGCUGGCAUCGUUGUCUUCCCAGGCUGCAGCGGGUAUCCCGUCGGCCCGCUGGCCACUCUUCCACCCACAGACAUCAUCGACACGCUGAAUACACGAUUACUCUCGCCGCUACUUUCCAUUCAGCAGUUCUUGCCCCUACUCAGCACUCAUAGCACCGAUCCAUUGUCACCAUCAAGUAUCGUCAUCGCCUACCCCUCGAUCCCCGCCUCUCUAACACCACCACGCCAAACUCCCGAAUCAAUCAUAACGACCUCCCUCAGCACCAUGGCGACAUCUCUCCGCCGCGAACUAGCCGCCAUGCGCGCAAAUACCACCGUACACGAGCUCAAACUCGGCAACUUCGACUUAGCCACCAUCUCCCAGCACACAAGUACCAACAACCGUUCCCCGAUCAGAAACCAGAAUCGAAACGCCUCCACAUCACCACUCCUCAAUCCAGCAAACUCCCAACUCACCCAUCAGCCCUCAGCAUGGCACUCUUCCCAACGCGCCGCCUUCCAGCGAAGUCAGCAUCAAUCUCCGUCGUCCUCCUCGCCUUCAAAGCGCCUCUUCCUGCGCGGCUCGUCAGCUCGAGAACUACAUAACGCCGUCUUCGACGCGCUCGCGCCACCGCAGAACUACAAGGCUUUCGGUCGAUGGGACUGGACCUUCAAAAAGACUAGCUCCACUACUUUCGUCGGCAGCGGCGCCAGGACGUAUCAUCUCAUCGGCAACUGGGUUCCGCAGGGCUUCGUCGGGAUGUUGUUGACAAUACGGGAGCGACGGAAAGCUGCGAAUGAAUGGCAAAAUCUCGGCGCGGUCAGAAGGAAGCAGCAGCAGGAUGCGCUCAGUGCUGCAGAAGCGGGCAAUAGCUUGAAUGGCCUGCGUACUGAAAGUCCAGCCGGCGAGUAUGGUAUGGGCAGUGACAUCGGUGUAAUUGAGAGCGGAAUCUGGGAGAAGGUGUAG